AUGCCUUUUUAUGAAGUUACGUUGAUUCCAAAAAAUCUUGCUAAGGCAGAUUUAUUUAAUACGCUUAAAAGAAGUGUAACGAUGUUACUCGAUAAUGGAGCUAUUAUAACGGAAAUGAAAAGUUUAGGUCAAAGAGAAUUACCAUAUAAAAGAAUUGCAAAACAAACUAAACAACCUGUAACUUCAUCAACAUAUCUUUUUCUUAAAGCAUAUAUGCCAUUAGAUAAUCAGAUUGCAUCAUUGGAGACACUUAAAAAUGAUUUAGAAAUGGUACAUGCUUAUUUUGUAAAUACUAAAGAAUUAGGAAAACCAAUAACUGAAUGUAACUUGGAUGAUAUGCUAAAACCACCUGCAUAUCGUGAAUCAGUUGAAGUUUUACGAAAAGGUCAAAAGAUGGGACAUUUUACAAGGCAAAUGAUUUAUAAAAGAACUGAAAAAGUAUGGAAAUCAGUACCGAAAAGUUAUCCUAUUCCACCGGCAAGAGAUUAA